AAUACAUUCAAUCCCCCGGAUCUUUUACUUUGCUCCGCACUCUUCCUUCUGAAAUAACUCGGUAACUCGAGUUCGCUCAUACAUCCCGUUACCUACCUACCUACCCAAGGUAUUCACCUCUCAGCUGUUACCUUAAUCUUAUACAUACGGCACGGCACAGUACCUUGGUACCUUGCCUCAUCUGGCUGUUGUGCUGUACAUACUCCGUACAUACAUGCACACAUACCUGCCUACUACCUUACCUCACAUAGGUAUCGACGCCUCAGGUCUGAUCUCGAGGUUCAUCUUGCCAAUCAAAGAGUCCCUUUCCAGUAUCAUCUCAAUCGGUCUUACUACUGGUCACAUCCCCCUGGGUCAAACGACAAAGGAAUAUCUAGCGAUUCAACUCCGCUUCUCUCUCUCUCUCUCUGUGUGUGUGUGUGUGUGUUAUCGCGCUCGUUUUGGACGACUAUCAUAUCGACUACGGCUGCACUACAUCCCCCAAAUUACGCGCAUUACCACGGCUAGAUUCACCACCGUAUUUAGCCACGCUCUUUUCGCAUUCAGCCUGGCACUUCAAGUUCACCGCAUUUACGCCGCAAAUCCCACCCAACUUGCGUUUACAGCCAUAUUCGCGACUCCCAUCCGACCUCAACCUGCCUGGACAACCGACCGGCGCCAAGAACUUUACUGUUCUCGUAUUGACGCCGCCUGUGUGGCAUUUGUUGCUCAUGCUGAGUGACCAACCUUAGUAUACGAAUAUUCGCUGGCAAGUCGUCUGCCCAGACUGGUGCGCGCACAUCUGCUUCCAAUUUCACGAUAUCAUUAUUCGACCGCUUCUUCUCUUCGCAUUCUCCGACUCACCAAGCUUUCUUUGGUUGUGCAGUUACCGUUCAAGUCGUACCACGGCCAUUCACCAGGCGCAAGAUCCCGCCGACUGAUCAAGAGCUCCCGAACGCUUUAACCCCCCCCCCCCCCCCAACGAGGGGCCAUGGCGAGUUGAGCAACCACCGUCAACGCGACAAAGAUGACCACAGCUACGCACCACCAGCACCAACCGCCACAACCUCAUCUCGGCUUCGUUGUCGAUACAUACGACCCGGAUGACGUGGUACCUCGAGGAAGCCCUCUCAUGACCCCGCUUCGUCCAAAGCUCGAGCCGUCUCCAAGUCCUCCCCCAGAUAUUCCUGCAGCUCAAGUCAGUCUGAAAUCCACCUCCAUCGACGGUCGCGGCAAGUCUAAUCGCCACAAGGUUCGUCCCACUUCUGGAGAUGCUGUUUUAGUCGCAUAUCUCGACAAUGGACGCGAUCCCGAUAUAGCACGAGAAGCUGCCCGCAAGAGUCUUCCGGGCGACGAAGAUUCGCCAGAUGAAGAGCCACGGCGAGAACGGGCCGUCGACGGCAAUCUGAUGAGCGGGCCUCUGCUCCAGCACCUGGCCGCUGACGCUCUCCAAGCUGCUUCUAUUGCGACAGCACCGCCGUCUCUCGCCGCCUCGGUCCCAAAAACAAUACCCGAUAUAUCUAUACCGACCGGGCAGCUUUCUAUCCACGACGAGCCCCCGAUCAACGGUUUGUCUGCACCACGAUAUAUUUCCGGUAAUAGAGUCACGUCGCCGCUGAUAUCUUCCUCUAAUGGGCCCUUGCCGCCGCUUCAUCAUGGAGUUCGCGUACCAGCAGGCGAGUCCAAGGAGACUCUUCCAUCACAGUCUCUUCCGUCUCUUCGUUCGACUUUUGGUGAGCUCCGAGACUUACAUCCAGAGCGUCCAUCCGAGCAGGAUCUUGGCCGUGUCCCUCCAGGUCUAUCCUCCACUUUCCCUACUUCUCCAGCUGCAAAUUUAGGGCAUAGGUUUAGUUUGAAUACUAAUCUCCCAUCGUCGCCCCGUUCACCACCAGAUGGAUACCGAACACUCUCCCCUCACUCUGCGCCAAGUGCGAGUAUGCAUUAUUAUCCGACAAAUGGUAAUCACCCUCGCGCUCCGACCGAAUACAGUAGUAGCAAUGCUGGCGAGACUCCAAAUACCGAUCACUCUGCCUCCACCCCUGCCACAUCAACCUCAAUCAACUCAGCCUCUAUUACUGAUCGGAUGAGUAUUGAUGGGAUCACACAUCCGCAGCCUCUUUCCGGCUCAUAUACGUGCACGGUUACUGGAUGCAAUGCGGCGCCUUUCCAGACUCAGUAUCUCCUCAACUCUCACAUGAAUGUACACUCAUCUAUACGGCCACACUAUUGUCCGGUUAAAGGCUGUCCGAGAAGUGAGGGGGGCAAGGGCUUCAAAAGAAAGAAUGAGAUGAUAAGACAUGGCCUGGUUCAUGACUCUCCAGGCUACGUCUGCCCCUUCUGCCCGGAUAGGGAACACAAAUAUCCACGCCCAGAUAAUCUUCAGCGACACGUCCGUGUUCAUCAUAUAGACAAAGACAAGGACGACCCGCAACUGAGAGAUGUUCUUGCUCAGCGACCAGAUGGACCUAACCGCGGUCGAAGAAGACGCGGCCCAGCGGCGUAAACGACUGUUGUAGGUUGGCAUACGAGGCUGGUGGGUGGGAGGGGACGCUGAACGAGCACGAUUAACGAUUUACGCCAACCGAAAUGUGAUGGGAAGCGCUCUUUGCUUUGGCGUUAUAUGUAUGAGUACCUGGCGAUUUGACGGGUCGGGCGACUGAAGGCUUCUCGCAUGCUGCCAAAGGUCAUUCAUUGAUUAAGCGGAGUGAGGAUUUGGAGGUACAGACAAGGCGUUCAGGAUCUCAAAUACCCGGUUGGGUCAGAUUUCGUUCAGUAUUUCAUUUUCUAGGGGUAUACCACUUGCGCCAGUGUGGCGUUGGCUAGCGAGCGUACACCUUGUUAGAUUCUUCCUUCAUAUUCAGCAUGAUGCUGUGUUGAACAUAUAUUUAUCAUUUCUCUCAGUAGAUACAUGUUUUCAAUCGUCUUGUGCUGCG